AUGGACCCUCUGCUCCCCCCAACACGGGCCCAAGAUCAGCAGCAGGGUGGGGCGGGAGCCUGGCCUGGAGAGACCCUGAAGAUUCCAUUAAAGCCUGAUUGCGAACCCUGUUGGCCGGUGUUUGGGGCAGGGCCGGGGCGGGCAGCAGCAGGAGUGGGGCUCUGGCUCCCCACCCUGGGCGGCCCCGGCUUGGACAGUGCCCAGAGCAGGACGAUUGCUGGACUGGCCAUUUCCAUCAUCCGUCACCACCACUGCCUCAUCAGGGCUGCAUGCUAUGCCCGGAAGCAUGUGCCCGCUGCUGCCCACGCCUGCUGCAGGACAGGACAGCUGGACACCACGCCAGUCGGCCAGGAGGGCUCACAGGGACUUGCCCUCUUGAGGGGUCUUUCUGCAGCUGCCUCUGCUCUCCCUGACCCGAAAGCCCCCCGCUGA